AUGGUAGCGCUGAUCUUGCCUGUGCUUCUGUGCUUCGUAGCUGUGACUGCUGCUUCGGUUGCUUACGAUGCGUGUUCAGAGGAAAACUGCUGGGGCACGGGGUGGCUGCAGGAAGCGGUCGUGCUGAGCUCCCGAAUCUCGGCGAUGGACGCAGCUGAUGCAGAAGCCACUGCCAGAGCUGCUGUGGCGGGGCCCCUGACGGAGCACAUAACGCCGGACACUUUCUCAACCUAUUCCGUUCCAAUCAGCAGCGGUGUGACCUUCUCCCUGAUUUUAGUUUUGCUACUGGUCGCAGUGCAUGAGUACCGGGUAGCAGGUGGUGCCAAGCCGCUGCUAGCUGACCACCAGCGUGGCAACAGCUUGCUCUUCCAAUGCGCGAAUUUGUACUCGUGGUUCAUCCCGUUCGUAGUCUUGUCUCUGCUGAUCCCGGUCUCUCUGGACUUCGCCAUCGACAUGGGGCAAAGUGCAACAGCUUCGGGCCUCUUCCUUUCAGUGGCCUCCGUCUUUGCAGUGCUUGGCGUUGUGGUCAGCAAGCGCAUCGUCCCGGAGGACAACUGGGAUCAGCGAUGGGCCCGCAAGGUCUUCUUGGCGUGCAAUGCGAUGGCCACUGCCGUCCUCGUCGUGAAUGCGUAUAUCUUGCUGGCUGCAGCUCAGUCGUCACUGAACGCGAGGGCUGCCGUUUUUUGGGUGAGUUCCUUCCUGUUCGGCACAGUAAACUUUAUGGUUGGAUUGUGCGCCCUCUCGAGGAGCGUCAUGUGGAAUCUGAUCACGCCACAGCGGGAGAAGACAUUCUGGAUGAUCAUGACCCAGUGUUCUAGAAAUUGUGGCUUGCUGCUCGGGCCUGUGUUGUUUGCCAUCGUCAGUUACCUCGUCAAGGAGGGCCUUGAGGUGUCCCCAGUUUGCAUGAUGGGGUGGUCGAUGAUUGCUGCUGCCAUCAUGAUUCUCAGCGGCCUCGUUUUGGCCUCAUUGGCCUUCCCUAGCCAGAUCCCGAACCGCAAAGCAGAGGAAGAACCCCCUGAGGCUAUGAAGAAAGCCGAGGCCGAGGUCUCGGCUGAGGCCCAGCCCGAGGAGUUGACAGCAGAGGCUCGCGAGGCGAUUGUGUGGCACAUGAUUCGCUACAGCUUCGAGCGGCCGAUGUGCGUCGCAGCGAUCGAGUUCGCCACAAUCAUGAUCCUUGAAGUGUCUUAUGCUUGGCGUCCGGAGGAAUGCGGCGCAGCGCUCAUGGUCGUUGCUGCUGUGAGCUUGGUCCUCACAGCGACGAGCACCAUCUUACUUUCCAGACAGUGGAUCACCCCGUCUAUCAUGUUCUUCGGUGCCGCUCUCUUUGGGUGGCUUGGUGUCUUUCUGAUUUUCGACUGGGGGGCCAGGGGCACCUUCGGUGCGAUCACUCUCCUUGUUGCAGACGGCAUCGUCUAUGGUUCGGCCAGUGUGGCCAAUGGGAUUGCCGAGGGUUGGGCCAGUCGGGCGACAGCACCGGGAACCGGAUACAGUAACGAAAUCUAUCGCUCGAGGAUGCUGGUCGGGAUUUACACGAGCCGCUUCAUGGCUCCGAUCUUCGCCCGUUUCUUGGUGGACUUCGGGGGCCGCAAUGUCUACGCGGGUUUACAGCUCUUCCUGUGCAGUCUGGGAACGAUCAGCGUGUACCGCACGGUCACCUUGGUAUGGCGAGGGAAGGUGACGUGA